ACCUAGCUAGAGGCUGUCGAGCGGGAGCUCCUGUCUCCCUAAGAGCCCAGAGUAAAGCAACUGAGCACAAGGAGUAUGGUGCUGAGGUGAGCGAGGUCAUGAAGAAACCACUGUUGGGCUUGACUCUGUGUUUACUGCUCCUCUGUCCAGGGCUGAUGUGUCUCACCAACGAGGUGAUUCAGAAAUGCAACAAUGGCACCUACGAGAUCAGCGUCCUGAUAAUGAAAAACUCAGCCUUCCAAGAGCCCCCGGUAAAGUUGGAAAGUGCAGUGAGACAGGGAGUGAAAAUCGUGAAUCAGCGUCUACACGGUCUUGGAAUAAAUGCAACUGUGAGUGCUAGCUUUAUCCGUACAGAGGAUGCGUUUUAUAAGUCAAAUGACUGUCGGAGUAGCACCUGUGAAGGCCUUGACCUACUCAGGAGAAUUUUUAAUAAAAAAGAGGUGGGUUGUGUCCUCAUGGGACCCUCGUGUACAUAUUCCACCUUCCAGAUGUACCUUGAUGCAAGUUUUACAUAUCCCAUGAUUUCAGCUGGAAGUUUUGGAUUGUCAUGUGACUUCAAAGAAAAUUUAACCAGGUUAAUGUCUCCGGCUAGGAAGUUGACGCACUUCUUGGUUGACUUUUGGAAGAUUAAUAAUUUGUCAUUCAAAACCUCUUCCUGGACCACUGCAUAUGUUUUCAAGAAUAAUAAUGAAUCUGAGGACUGUUUAUGGUACCUCAAUGCUCUAGAGGCUGGAGUUUCUUAUUUUUCUCAGGAACUUAACUUCAAAGAGGUAUUGAGAGGAGAGGCUGAGUUUCAGAAAAUCUUAAUGCACCAGGAAAGGAAAAGCAAUGUGAUUAUUGUGUGUGGUACACCAGACAUCAUCUCCUCCAUCAAGGGUGACCGGGAAGUGGCUGAAGACACUGUCAUUAUUCUAGUGGAUCUAUUUAAUAACCACUACUUCAUGGAAAAUGUCACAGCCCCUGACUAUAUGAAAAAUGUCCUUGUUUUGACACUGCCUCCUAAAGAACCAUUCCCAGAUAGUUCUUUUCCCCAGGACUUAUCAUUGGAGUUAAAUGACUUUUCUCUUGCCUAUUUGAAUGGAAUCUUGCUCUUUGGACAUGUGCUAGAGACAUUUCUUGGAAAAGGAAAAGAAGUUGACACCGACGAACUUGCUCAUGCUUUCAGGAACCUCACUUUCGAAGGGUAUAAGGGCUUUGUGACUUUGGACAUCUAUGGGGACAUCGACAAUACUAUGGCGCUUCUGUAUACCUCUGUGGAGACCAACAAAUACAGUAUACUUUUGACCUAUGACACCCACACAAAUGUCACUAACCCAGUGAAUAACAGCCCCUCAUUCAUCUGGAAGAACCGGAAGCUUCCUAAUGAUACUCCAGACCGGGGACCUCAAAUCCUGAUGAUCGCCGUCUUCACUCUCACUGGCACUGUGGUUCUGGUCCUGUUGGCCGCUCUCCUGGUGCUGAGAAAAUACAAAAAGGCGCAUGAACGUCGUCAGAAAAAAUGGUCCCACAUUCCCUGUGAAAAGAUCAUUCCUCUGGAGACCAAUGAGACCAACCAUGUGAGCCUGAAGAUCGAUGAUGACAAGAGACGAGAUACAAUUCAGAGACUGCGACAGUGCAAAUACGACAAAAAGAGAGUGAUUCUAAAGGAUCUCAAGCACAAUGAUGGCAAUUUCACAGAGAAGCAGAAGAUAGAACUGAACAAGUUGCUUCAGAUUGACUAUUACAACCUAACCAAAUUCUACGGAACUGUGAAGCUUGAUACCAUGAUCUUUGGGGUGGUCGAAUACUGCGAGCGAGGAUCCCUCCGGGAAGUUUUAAAUGACACAAUUUCCUACCCGGAUGGUACAUUCAUGGAUUGGGAGUUUAAGAUCUCUGUCUUGUAUGACAUUGCUAAGGGGAUGUCAUAUCUGCACUCCAAUAAGACAGAGGUCCAUGGGCGUCUGAAAUCCACCAACUGCGUGGUGGACAGUAGGAUGGUGGUGAAGAUCACCGAUUUUGGCUGCAAUUCCAUUUUACCUCCAAGAAAGGACCUGUGGACAGCCCCAGAGCACCUCCGCCAAGCCAGCAUCUCUCAGAAAGGGGACGUGUACAGCUACGGGAUCAUCGCCCAGGAGAUCAUCAUGCGGAGGGAAACCUUCUACACGCAAUGCUGCCGUGACCAGAAUGAGAAGAUUUUCAGAGUGGAGAGUUCCAAUGGAGUGAAGCCCUUCCGCCCAGAUCUGUUCCUGGAAACAGCCGAGGAGAAGGAGCUGGAAGUAUAUCUACUUGUAAAAAACUGCUGGGAGGAAGAUCCAGAAAAGAGACCAGAUUUCAAGAAAAUUGAGACUACACUGGCCAAGAUAUUUGGCCUUUUUCAUGACCAGAAAAGUGAAAGUUAUAUGGACACCUUGAUCCGACGUCUACAGCUAUACUCUCGAAAUCUGGAACAUCUGGUGGAGGAAAGAACACAGCUGUACAAGGCAGAGAGGGACAGAGCUGACAGACUAAAUUUUAUGUUGCUCCCAAGGGGCAGCUUCACUGAUCAGAAACUGUUUUCACAGGUGGAAACCAUCGGUGAUGCCUACAUGGUAGCUAGCGGCUUGCCUAAGAGAAACGGCAAUCGGCAUGCAGUGGACAUUGCCAAGAUGGCCUUGGAUAUUCUCAGCUUCAUGGGGACCUUCGAGCUGGAGCAUCUUCCCGGCCUCCCGAUCUGGAUUCGCAUUGGAGUUCACUCUGGUCCCUGUGCCGCGGGCGUCGUGGGGAUCAAGAUGCCUCGUUAUUGCCUAUUUGGAGACACCGUCAACACAGCCUCUAGGAUGGAAUCCACUGGCCUCCCCUUGAGAAUCCAUGUGAGUGGCUCCACCAUAGCCAUCCUGAAGAGAACCGAGUGCCAGUUCUUGUAUGAAGUGAGAGGAGAAACGUACUUAAAGGGAAAAGGAACCGAGACCACCUACUGGCUGACCGGGAUGAAGGACCAAGAAUACAACCUGCCAACCCCUCCUACUGUGGAGAAUCAACAGCGCUUGCAGGCUGAGUUUUCAGACAUGAUUGCCAACUCUCUGCAGAAAAGACAGACUGCGGGGAUAAGAAACCGAAGACCCAUGCGUGUAGCCAGCUACAAAAAAGGCUCUCUGGAAUACAUGCAGCUGAACACCACAGACAAGGAGGCCACCUAUUUCUAAACCUAUGAGGCCCAAGGACUCAGGCAAAUGAAGUACCGAUGCCCUCAGGCAGUGACCUCCAGGGUCCCGAAGCCUCCAUUUCCCAGAGACCUCAGUGGAACACAAGACUCAGAUGCCUCCUACUAACCCA